AUGAGCACCGAGAGCUCAGCGGACAAAAUGGUGAGUUUCAAUAAGUGGAAAGAUCCUAACUGUUGGUAUAGAUUAAUGAUUACCGUUCGAUCAUCCAGAAUUCUUUCUUCCAUCGGUUGGGUGGGAUUUUGUUUCCUUUCUCCAAAUUUUCCCGUGAAACUUCAGAGACGAACAGAGAUGGACAACACAAUCCAAAACACAAAAACAGAGCAAGAAAAUGGAAGAAACUGCAUUGAAACAGGGCAAGAUGAUGAAAGAAAUUGCAUCGAAAUAGAGGAGGAAGAAGGAAUAGAAGGAUUGAUGCAAGCUAGAGAAGAGGAGGAAGGAAGAAAUGGAUCGCUGCAACCUCAACAAGAGAAGGAAGGACAAAGACGGGACUUUAUGAUGGAGGAUGAAUUGAAACCCAAAAUAGGAAGGGAGUUUGGAAGUUGGGAAGAGGCAUGGGAAUUUUGGCAAGAAUAUGCUAAAAACACUGGGUUUGAACCUAGAAAGUAUAAUGGUACAAAUAGCAGAAAAGAUGGUUCACUUAUUACAUAUCGAUAUGUAUGUUGUAAGGAAGGUUGUCGGAAAGAAGGUAAAAAGGAGACAUAUUCUUCCAAGUAUCGGGCAGAGACAAGGACUAACUGUAAGGCAAGAAUGAUAGUGUCUUUUAUUGAUCAAAAGUAUAAAAUCACUAAAUUUGAUGAAGAGCAUAAUCAUCCCUUGCACACACCAGCAACAAGGCACUUCUUAGCCUCUCAAAGAAAUUUAUCAGAAGUUGAUGCUUAUGGGAUUGAUUUGGCAAGAAAGUCUGGGCUCCAACAAAAAGCUACGUUUGACUUAAUGAGUACAUAUGCUAGAGGUAAAUCAAGUCUUGGAUAUACUCGAGUAGAUAUGCAAAACUAUUUGCAAAAAGAAAAGCAAAGAAGUAUGAAGUAUGGAGAGGUAAGGUGUCUAUUUGAAUAUUUUCAAAAACAACUUGCAGCAAAUCCUGCAUUCUACCAUAAAUAUCAGGUGGACACAGAAGAACAAAUCACCAAUGUGUUUUGGGCAGAUGCUGGAAUGCUAAUAGACUAUGCACUUUUUGGUGAGGUCGUAUCUCUAGACACAACAUAUUGCACAAAUUGUGAUCAUCGACCUCUUGCAAUCUUUUCUGGCUUUAAUCAUUAUAGAAGUGCAGUCAUUUUUGGAGUAGCAUUAUUGUAUGAUGAGACCACUAUGUCUUUCAAGUGGCUAUUAGAAACUUUCUUAGAUGCUCAUAUGCAAAAGAAGCCUGAAACUGUGUUUACAGAUCAAGAUCAAGCUAUGGCAAGAGCUUUAAGUGAAAUUCUUCCUGACACAAAGCAUUGUCUGUGUACUUGGCAUUUAAAGCAAAAUGGCAUCAAAUACUUGGGAAAUUUAAUGAAAGAUGGAUCACAUUUUUUAACUGAUUUCUGUAAAUGCAUGUCUAAAAUUUCAGAAGAAGACAAGUUUGAAGACGCAUGGAGCCAAUUAAUCUCUUCUUAUGAUGUCCAUGAGAAUACAUGGUUGAUAUCCAUGUAUAAGAUUAAAGAGAAAUGGGCUUGGUGCUCUGUAAAAAAUCAUCGUACUCUAGGUAUGAGAAGUACACAGCUUAGUGAAAGUGUGAAUGCUGAUGUAAAGAGAUGCACAACACCGGGCUUAGCUAUAAAUGAAUUCUUUACCACUUUUGACAAAGUUGUUGCAGAGAAGCGAGACAAGGAAUUGAAGCUUGAGUUUGAUUCUCGACAACAAAUACUGAGGAUGGUUAAUCAAAGUGCACCUAUAUUGUGCCAACUUGUGCUAACUUAUACCCCCGAUGCCUUUGACAUGUUCCAAGCACAAUGGGAUCUCCAAUUCUCUGUGAUGUUGUCUAAUCGUGAUGAGGAAGGACCAUCGUAUGUAUACACUGCUCAUAUGAUUGAUGAAGAAGGAGAAUGGAGAGUUGAGUUUAAACCUGAGACAUAUGAAAUUUGUUGCACUUGUCGGAUGUUUGAGACUACUGGGAUAUUAUGUUGUCAUGCAUUGAAAGUAUACGAGUCGAAGGAUGUGAGAAUUAUGCCCAAGCAAUACAUUAUCAAGAGAUGGACUAGAGAAGCAAGGAGUGAUGUUGUAUAUGAUAUUGGAGGGAGUGAGAUACAAGUAGACCCAAGGCUUGAAAUCACAUAA